CACACAGACCUUCCAUGUCCCCUUCUCUCUGGUGCAUCAUUUUCUAGUGUGCUCGUGUGCUUCAAUUUUCUAAUUUCUAUAUAAGCUGAUCCCGGCAAAAGCACACUUGUAUUAUCAAUGGCGAGCGGCAGCGGAUCUCCGUGCGGCGCAUGCAAGUUCCUCCGGCGGAAGUGCGCGGCGGAGUGCGUGUUCGCCCCCUAUUUCUGCUCGGAGCAGGGCCCCGCGCGGUUCGCCGCCAUACACAAGGUGUUCGGCGCCAGCAACGUGUCGAAGCUGCUGCUGCACGUGCCGGCCGCCGACCGCUGCGAGGCCGUCGUCACCAUUGCCUACGAAGCCCAGGCCAGAAUCAGAGAUCCUGUGUACGGCUGCGUUGCUCACAUCUUCGCCCUUCAACAACAGGUGGCAUAUCUGCAAGCGCAGGUGAUGCAGGCCAAAGCGCAGCUAGCGCAAAACGUCAUGGACCAGUCGCGGAAUGGUGAUCACAAUCAAUGGAAUUGCGGUGCAAUGGGGCCAUUUCCGCCUCCCAAUUACACUAAUUUGUACUCGAGCAUAUCGCCUCAGAGCUCGCUGGACUCGAUCGAGCAGCACGACCAGCACGAAAUCGAAAGCAGACAAGAUGUUGAGCACUACUACUACACCAAGAAGAGACCUUCUCCGACUGAUCUCAGCGAGCUCCAAGCGCUAGCUCUUAGAAUGAUCAACAAUCAAGAUUGAUUAUUUACUUUUGUAUCAUCGAUAUAUGAUGCUCACUGCAGGGUUAAAUCUCUUUGUAUAUAAUGGAAAUUGAGUAUGAAGUCAUAGCGCUACCUAAUGUUAACAAGUCUGCUGCUUCUAAAUUCGAAUGUAAGUGAUACAAGGAAUACCUCAUAUAAGACUUAUCUAUACAAUGAUUUCACUUCUCUCUUUGCA